GUGCAUCUCUCUGUUUAUGUAUUACGUUGUCUCUCAGCGACACCGAUUAAUUCCCAAUCACUACGGAAACAGAAAUUAGGGGUAAAUUAGUUUAUUUACGAUUUAAAACGCGGGAGAAGGCCUUUUAAAAUUGGCUAAAUAUCAGAGCUUUUACUGAAAUUUGUUGGGACUUGUUUGUUUAUUCAUAAUCAAAAGAGUUGGUUUUCUGUCCAAACAUUUCCCGCUGCCCGCCCCGCUCGCAGAGAUUAGAUCAACUGUUGGACGUUGCAGUUUGUCAUGUUGCUCCAAAUAGAACUUCCUUUAUAAUUCAACUUUUCACAGACCAUAUUCAUUAAAAUGGAUGUGACAGACAUCGGAAACAGAGAAGAGGGGAAGCUCAAGCAUCGAAAAACGGCUUCUGGAAAAGGUGUGUUGUUGACGGUGGUACGUACUGCUCAGCACGUAAAAGUGCGUUUCCUCCAUGCAGCAUUUAACACCACAGGAGAAUCCUUCCUGGCUGGUGAUCACCAUGGCAACAUCUAUGCCUUUGAUAUAAGUAGAAACAGAUUUCGUCUCGUGCAGAAGACGGGACAGGCCUGCACUGCUCUGGCGUUAAGCUUACAUCGGAGCACAGAGUUCUUGGUGGCUCUUGUUGACUAUACCAUUAAGUGUUUUGACCAAGACACAAAGCAGAUGAUCAGCUGGAUGCGGGGUCAUGAAGGUACCGUUUCGUCCAUCUCCAUCCACAGCUCAGGCCGUUACGCCCUCACCACAUCCUCAGACACCGCUCAGCUGUGGGACCUGGACACAUUCCAGAGGAAGAGGAAGCUUAACGUCCAUCAGUCAGUUGGCAUACGGAAGGUUUUCUUCCUCCCUUUCAGCAACACCAUUCUCAGCUGUUUCAGUGACAACUCCAUCUUUGCUUGGGAGAGCAACACGCUGGUGUGCAAAUACCAGCUUCCGGUACCAGACCGUGGACUCCAUUUCUUCUACAAGACCUUUGCCGUAACGCAAGAUGGUAAGAGCCUGGCAGCUGGGGGCCGGUCCAAUCUGUUGCACCUGUGGUGUUUGGACAGCAAAAAGCUGGUCAAGGUGAUGCAGAUGCCCACUCAGGUUCGAACUGUCAGACAGCUGGAAUUCCUUCCUGACAGCUUCGAUGGAGGAUCCAGUCAGACAUUGGGUGUGUUGGGCCAAGAUGGAAUUAUGCAUUUUAUCAACAUUCACACCUCCAGGGUGCUCUUCCAUCUCGGAUCCCACAGUAAUGCCAUCAACACAGUCACCUUCAGCCCCACUGGUCGUCAUGUGGUAGCCAUCUUGGAUGACGGAAGCAUCAGCGUCUAUAGUGUUCCGAGUCUCACGGACGAUUUAAACAAACCUCCUCUUCCACAAGUUGCAAUAGUCUCUGAUGAUGCAUCAAAUCAGGCACCAUCAAACUCAAAGAUCAAAUCUGAUACAAUACAGAGACCAGCCGAUCACGCAGUUGGACCCAAACGGGUGAAGAGCCCUGCCCCUGCAAUAGAGGAUAAAGAGAAUCAACUCCCCGGUGGUCUGAACAAGACAAGACUGGUGGGACUUCUGAAAACAUUUGGCGAAUACCCUGCAAAAUACAGGACAUUUGUGUGGCGGUCCUUGCUAUGCUUGCCUGAGAACUACACAGCAUUCAGCAGUCUGACUGAAAAAGGCCUCCACUCAGCCUAUCUCACGCUCCAGGAGAAGUAUCCCAUCAAAAGUCAAAAGCUUGAGAGAGGGCUGCAAAGGGUUUUAUCUGCACUGUCUCAUUGGGCUUCUAUCUUUGGAGAGGCAGAGUAUCUUCCGCUGUUAGCCUUUCCAUUUGUCAAACUCUUUCAGAACAAUUCUCUGCUGUGUUUUGAAAUGGUGGCCACUGUCUUGGUGAACUGGUGUCAACACUGGUUUGAGUACUUCCCUAACCCGCCUUUGAACAUCCUGAACAUGGCAGAGAACAUUGUGGCACAUCAUGACAAAGAGCUGCUGCAACACCUGGUGGACUGUGGGAUCACCUCCCAGCUCUACGUGUGGCCCCUUUUGGAGUCUUUAUUCUCUGAGGUUUUGACUCGUGACGAAUGGCUCAGACUCUUCGACAAUGUCUUCUCCAACCACCCGUCCUUCCUGCUGAUGGCCUGCGUGGCCUACCUGACACGCUGCCGGGAGCCCCUUUUGCUCUGCUCUCAGAAACAGGACUUUGAGUAUUUUUUCCACCAUCGGAACAACUUGGACAUGGAAGCCUUGAUCAAAGAUUCCUACCGGCUGAUGACUACCACGCCGGCUGACAUUCAUCCGAGGAGGAUGCUCUCUGACUUCACGCCGCUGACUAAAGGCCAGUACCCUGUGUUUAACCACUACCCUGAGUUCAUCGUGGAAUAUCAGAACCGGGAGAGGGAAAAGAUACGACAGCAAGAGAUGGUGUACCUCCAGGAGAGGCAGGAGAUAAUGUCGCGGCGUAAAGAUUUGGUGCGGCGCCAAGCGGAAGAGGAUGCCUAUUAUGUACAGCAGGAGCUGUUGCGGAAGGCUGAAGAGCAGCGCAGAAAUAUCUUAGCACAAGAGGAAGAGAAACUCACACAGCAAAGGAAAACUUUGGCAGCCAUGAAGAGAGAGAUGAAAGUGAAGGAGUUACAGCUGCUAGAUGCAAAUCAAAGCCGUCUUCUCAAACACCAGCAGGACCUCCAUGUCUCGCAAAUACACAGACUGGACAGGGAGAUCAUGAAGAAGAUGGAACUCCGUGAGCAGGAAACAACUGAGGCCUUCCAAGAUCUGGACCUCAGGCAGAUGGAACUGGAGGUGCAGCGGAAGCAGCUUGAACAGCAACUAUGCAAGGAGCAGCUUCGCGUCGAACGACAGGUUGCCGACAUGAGGAUGAAAAACGCAGAAAGAGAGAAAACAAACAUGCAGGAGGGCUUCCCGGCGGAGGCGCGCCAGCCGGGCUCCAAUCGCAACGGGCAAUGGGAAGUCGCUGCCGAGCGCCACCAGCAGAUGGAGGGUGAGCUGGAGAAGAGAAGGCGAACGCUGGCGGAAGGCGACCGGCUUACGUACAGCCCGAAAGAUGUGGCGGGAAAGGAGUGGGAUGAACUGAUGAGUCAGAGAGGGCACUACAUGGAGCGACAGCAGUCCAAGCCUGCAGCGGACACAAGAUAUUCGGGAUUUGACACCACAAAUGUCAACAUGGCCUCCACCAAACCAGCCACACUUAAGGAGGCGGAAAGCAACACCAUGGCGUGCUUGAACAGCUGCUCCCCUGCAGAGAGCACUGCCACCAACUUCUCACUGGACAGAGGCCGGGCACAUUUGGACAGCAAGGAGAGGCAACUCAUGAAGCAAAUUCGAUGUCUGAGAGAGAGGCUUGUCGCAAGAGCCAAAGAGGACAGCAUUGCCUCCUCACAGUCUCUCUACACACCCUAUACUGCCUCCCACUGACCACCAGCUAUGACGAAACUAUUAAACCUGUAAUUGUACUGUAUUUUUUUAGCUCAUUGUCAUUCAUGUACUGCUCAUAAUUUAUGUAAACUUGUUUCAAUUGAAUCAUGUUGAUUGGACAUAUUUUAAAGGCUGUUUUACAGUUUUAUUUGCAUAUCUUCACUCAUGAACUUUGCAAAUGUUCAAUACCUGGCCACUUUCAAUAAAGAAUCUUUGUAAUA